CCUCAUUCUGUUUGGUGAUUGUAACAGUCCAUUACAGUCCAUUCUCGGCUCUAAUGAAGAGCAAGACAUACGAAAGUUGCGGAUUACAACAAUUUGUCUUUAUUUGGCUAAACCGCAUCUAUAACUAGUGAAAUUUGACAGACAACAUGGGUUGUAAAAAAUCAAAGCUAAAUGACGGUCUGAAUGGAGGUGUGCUUGAUGGCAAGAACCAACAGCCAGUACGUCCCGACCAAACUGUAUAUGUGAGAGAUCCCACCUCCAGUAAACCAAAUGCUGCAAGUAACUCACCUCCUGGAGGUCUCCUGCCUGGUCAGGUAUUCAUGAAAAUGGAAGAGCAAUCUGAGUCUGGUAAAAUAGUCAUUGCAGUAUACCCAUAUGAUGCAAUACACAAAGACGAUUUGGGAUUCAAGAAGGGCGAAAGGCUUAAGGUUCUUGAAGAGCAUGGUGAAUGGUGGAAGGCUAAGUCUCUGACCACUAAGAAAGAAGGAUUCAUACCCUCCAAUUAUGUUGCCGAGGCCAAUACCAUGGAGACAGAGGAAUGGUUUUAUAAGGAUAUUACAAGGAAGGACGCAGAGAGACAACUUUUGGCACCUGCAAACAAAGCAGGAUCUUACCUCAUUCGUGAGAGUGAGACAUCAAAAGGAAGUUAUUCCAUGUCCAUCAGAGAUGUGGAUGCCCAGGGGACAGACACUGUGAAACAUUAUAAGAUCCGCAUGCUGGAUAACGGAGGCUUCUACAUCUCUCCUAAAAUCACAUUCCCUAAUAUUGGCAGCAUGAUAAAACAUUAUCACAAACAAUCGGAUGGUCUCUGUCGAAAGCUGGAGAAGCCGUGCGAUAAACCCAAAGCUCAGAAGCCAUGGGACAAAGAUGCCUGGGAGAUCUCCAAGGAGUCCAUCAAGAUGGUGAAGAAACUAGGAGCAGGACAGUUUGGUGAAGUGUGGAUGGCAUUCUACAACAACACGACCAAGGUGGCAGUGAAGACACUGAAGCCAGGCACCAUGUCAGCGGAGGCCUUCAUGGAGGAGGCUAACCUGAUGAAGACCCUGCAACACGACAGACUGGUGCGCCUCUACGCCGUCGUCACCAAAAUCGAGCCCAUCUACAUCAUCACAGAGUACAUGUCCAACGGUAGCCUCUUAGAUUUCCUAAAAAGUGAGGUAGGCUGCAAAGUACAGCUACCUAAGCUCAUCGAUUUCUCUGCACAGAUUGCAGAGGGCAUGGCGUACAUUGAGAAGAAGAACUACAUCCACCGUGACCUGAGAACAGCCAAUGUCCUGGUGUCUGAGAGUUUGCUGUGUAAAAUAGCUGACUUUGGCCUUGCUAGAGUUAUAGAAGAUGACCAGUACACAGCCAGAGAGGGUGCAAAGUUUCCCAUCAAGUGGACGGCACCAGAAGCCAUCAACUAUGGCUCCUUCACUAUCAAAUCAGACAUGUGGUCCUUCGGAGUCCUCCUGUAUGAAGUCAUUACCUAUGGAAAAAUACCUUACCCAGGAAUGAGCAAUGGUGAGGUAAUGACUUCAGUGCAGAGAGGUUAUAGAAUGCCCCGCCCUGAGAACUGUCCCAACGAGCUCUAUGACAUCAUGACCAGCUGUUGGAAGAGCAAGCCAGACGACAGGCCCACGUUUGACUACAUCCAGAGUGUCCUAGAUGACUUUUACACCGCCACAGAGGGCCAGUACCAACAGCAGCCCUAGGAAGUCAAUUGUUGCGUCAAUUGUUGCGUCCCAAUAGGGCUCUGGACAAAAGUAAUGCACUAUGUAGGGAAUAGGGUGUCAUUUGGGACGUCCUCUACAUCUGCCAAUGUGCUAGUUUCAUUAUGAAAUAGUCAACCCACCAGCAACAAUAUAGGUUAUUCAGCAGAAGUAGAGAUAUUGUCGGACAAGUUGACUGCUUGUUUAUUUGUUAGGCAAGCUAAAGAUGAAUCUAUGAAUUCAACUUCAUAUUGAAGUAUAGACCUGCUUGUGCAUUUCAGCAUUUUCACGGAGAAUGAUCGAAUAACAAAUGGCUUACUGUUGACUGAAUCUGAUGCAACUCUAUUGAAGAAUUAUCACAUUGAACAGCACAAAAUAGACAUUCUACCACAUAUUUAUUAUCACUUUAGCCAUAUCUGUUUGCCAUGUUGAAUUCAAUCAUCAAUUUAUCCAGUACAGAUGCUUACCUUUUCAGUUGUUACAUUUCUAUUUUUCUUUGCAUUGUAUUUCAAGCUACAUUGAUUUAUUUUAGCAGAUUAUAUUUUGGGUUAUAUUCUGAAUUACGGAAAUAAUGAGACUAACAAUUUACUUCAUGUAUAUUUGCUGUAUUUUAGAUUUUUGCAAUGAGAUAUUAAUGUGUGACAUGGCCAUGUGUGUGUGAUUGUAUUAACCUGAAUAAAUGCAAAUGAUCUGUAUCAAUAAAAACACUUCUUAGCA